AUGUCUCCAGUAUGGUUAUACGUACCCGCUGUGGGUGAAAUUCUUCAGCUUGUUCAGCUUGCUCAUGAGGAGCAUCCGUUUGUCUCCAUUACUACAGGAUCGUAUGUUGUCGUAGGGUACCUCGCUAAUAACAACCAAGUAUCACCUAUCUACUGCGAAAGAUCCUUCCAGGAGGCCCAGCCUUGGACUGGUCGGCUUACGCAACUUGGGUGGCUGAUUGCCCCUGGCGAGAGGGAUACUACCCACCUUCAUGAGUUAUUCACAGCGACACUAACUGGCGGCGCUUAUAUCAGUGCGAUAACCCCUACAUGCUGUAGGGCUAACGCCAGAGGUAUCCCAAUGCCUACUUGGCUCCUCCAAGAGCUGUUGAACGCUUCAGUUCAAUUCUCUUAUGCUCCGUUUCCGGAUGGGUAUCCACCUCCCAUUGUCACCCCAGUACAACAACUCAUGUACGAGGCGCCAUCUCCCGCCAAUUCAAGUGCUUUCGAUAACACGCUCGAAGAUGUCCUCCUGGCUCCUGCUUCUUUUGACCUCACACCCACGGAGUUUCAAGAGCUCGAUUGUGGCUAUAACUACUGGAAAUUGUCCACCGUUACCUCUCUCAGCGGUAUCGACGAUACAGCUCUGCCCUUUUUGGAUAAAGUGAAUGGAUUAGACGAAGUAGAUGGGGUUCUCACCAAGGAGCCAGCCCUCGAGGUUUUUCAUCCUGACUUGCAAUGGAGAAAGUCUAAGGGUGGUGUGUGGGACACCUUGAACAGAAAGCAACGAGAGAGCCUCACCCGCUCAAUGAAGAAGACAUUUUGGUGGCGGGUCAUGAUGCUCACUAGGGCCCUGUUUGUUGGAGGUCUGUGGGUAGGAGAGCACCAAAACCCAUUUACGAUUCGUCAGGUGGAAGUACGACACCGGGUGACCAAUAGCUUUCUCACCGCACUUAACCUAACCUACACGACUUACGAGGAUAUGCUGGAGCAACCAGUGAUCAUCACAUUUACCAACGGAGUAACUGUUUCUGCUGGAUGGCUGGAGUUCCGUAGGAAUCUGGCCAAGGCAUUUGACGAAUCAAAGGGGGAACUAAGGAAGGUUAUCAAAGGUGCAAUGUCACCAUACACCAACUUUUGUGCCUCUUUCAAUACAGUAGAGAUGAGGAUCAAUUACCUCAUGGAUCUUUUCAACUUGAACAACAUCAACGACGUGCGCCAGGCGAUUUCCGAGCUCAUUGGAGAACAUGUUUUUUCAGAGCUCCUUUGGGUGUCACUCUUUCACCCAACCAGCAAGUUGGCGGAUGGAAAACGCAGUGCGAGGCUAGCAGAUUUCUUUCCCGAAGAAAUCUUUUCAGAUUUCAACUGUCUGGCCCAGAAACCGGUGGGCAAUUUGAUGACAUUGCUCUACCAGUCGAUGGUCCUCACCUUGAAAGAAAGAUCCGCACUUGUGGGCGACUGUCAUGGACCAGAAGAAAUGAACGAGAUCAUCAUGUCAGCCAUAAACGAUAUGUACGCCUAUCCAGACAGGUUUCCGAUAUUCACGGGAAGAGUGAAAGCUCUCCCUUUCAUAAAGGGGAGCAAUGUCCUGCCUAUCGCUCCCAAGACAGGUCUUCCAAGAACCACGACAGAGGAGACAGGGGAAAGAUUGAGGAAUAUGACAGACAUCUUGCCCAUUGAAACCCAGCCAAUCGGUGAUUUGUGCAUUGUCAUUCCAAACAGUAGGGGCUUUGGUUCCACCAAGUCUCUGAGACUUGUCUCGGAUGUACCCGCUUCAUACUUCUCGACUCUCCCAGUCGCGGGUACCGAAGGUUACCGGAAUACCCAUCGAUCGGAAGAAUCCGGAAUUGUUCGAAUGAUUUGGGAUGGUGUUAUAGUUCGACUGAUGCGCAAGGUCUCAGCCUUCCACAUAACACACAAUCAAUUGUGUUUACUCUCACGUUCAAGGGAACAGCAGGAGCAUUGUGUUUUCCAAGAGUCACUCAAGUUUGUAGCAGACCUGGAGAAGCUCUUCAUGCAGGGUGGAGAUAAUGAGGUUGAUGCCGUUGCAGAGCUGGCAAGUACCAUCACGCUCUCCUACCUCUUUAAAAAUAACAUCCUACACAUGAAAGCUGCCAAUCUUCUCAUCGACAACAGUGGCUUGCUCCCGAUAGCAGCUUUUAGAAUUUUCAGUCUAGCGCACGGGUAUGAUUUGAACGUCAUCUAUGCAGUCAUGGAUCAGCGUGGGAAAGACAAAAAUGAUGGAUCUUCUAUUCACGCUAAGUGGAGGCUGAUCAAAGAAGCUUGUCAUCCAAAUAUUGUGCCUUACGUUGGCCUGUCGCGUGCUGCGCUUCUAGAUGGACAAAUAUCCAUAAUGUCAGGGUACAUUGAGAAUGAAAUCUGA